AGCCGCCGUGCCAGGAUCCACACCCCGGGGUGCUGCUGGGUGCCGGGGCGCGGGGACACUCCUCCCCGUCCCUCUGCGGGCGAGUGUAGGGGAGUCCCUGGCCCCGGAGCCUGCCCCCCCCGGGGGCUGCAUUCCCCCUCCCCUGGGAACGGAGCACGGAGGUUCCUCUGGAGAGCUGUGCGCGCACAGCCUGGGACCCGGGAGUGGAGGCUGUUGGUCAUCGCCCUCUCCUGCGCCCGAGGCGAGCAGGGAGUCCCCCGUCAUCUCCAUCUCCGGCCCCGGGCAUUUUGGUGGCCUCUCAGCGUACAGCAGCAGCUUGUGCUCUGCCUGCAGGGAGCAGCCAGUAGCGGGAAUCCCCCUUCCAUUCUCCCCGCUGCCCGCCUGGCAAACCCCGCACCGCCCGAGGCAGGGCUUGGUCCUGAGCAUCUUCGAGCCGACGAGCGCAGAGACUCUCAGCGAUGGGGAUGGGGCACUGCAGGGGCAAUUUUGGAUGACCAGAAAGCAGAUAUCACCCCAGUCCUGUCCCAGCAUAUGGGGACACCACCCUGCAGGAGCUGGGAUGCCGCCCAGCCCCACUGGCCCCCUCUGGCACUCAUCAGGGGACCCCCAGUCGUACUCCAGUGCCAUGGAUCUCUUGCACUGGAUCUCCUCGGUGGUUUGCAGCCAUCGCCCCUGCACACCUGGGACGUGCACGGUCACAAGCCCCGGGUGACAGGGCAUUUAGGUCUAGGCUACAGGCAAAGGAUAAGAGGUUCCUCCUCCUCCUCUACGCAUUUCUAAUGGCUCCUUUGAGACAAGCCACACGACUCCCUGCUGGGAAGCCUCGCUGAGCUGUGGAACCCGCUCCUGCUCUGCUGAUCAUGGUCAACAAGACCUUAAAUUACUGGGGUCCCAGUUUUGAGGAGGACGUUAUCAACAUCAACGUGGGGGGUCUGAGGAGGCGGCUGAGCUCCAGCGCCCUCUCCAAGUUCCCCGACACGCGCCUGGGACGGCUGCUGUCCUGCGACUCCGAGGAGUCCAUCCUGCAGCUCUGCGAUGACUACGACGUGAGCGCCAGGGAGUUCUACUUCGACCGAAACCCCGGCUUCUUCCUCUACGUCCUCCACUUCUACCAGACGGGCAAGCUGCACGUCAUGGAGGAGCUGUGCGUCUUCUCCUUCUGCCAGGAGAUCGAGUACUGGGGCAUCAAUGAAUUCUUCCUGGACUCCUGCUGCAGCUACCGCUACCACGAGCGCAAGCUGGAGAGCCGGCACCACAACUGGGACGAGGAGAGCGAGGUGAGCAGCGUGGACACGUCCCCCGAUGAGAUCUCCGACAUCAACCACGACCUGCUGCGCUACAGCACCCUGCGCUGCGGCAACGUGCGCAAGCGCCUCUGGCUCACCAUGGAGAACCCCGGCUACUCCAUCCCCAGCAAACUCUUCAGCUUCGUGUCCAUCAGCGUGGUGCUGGUGUCCAUAGCUACCAUGUGCAUCCACAGCAUGCCCGAGUACCAGGAGGUGGAUGAGAACGGCAAUGUGCUCGAUGAACCCAUCCUGCACAAGCUGGAGUAUUUCUGCAUCUCCUGGUUCACCUUCGAAGUGUCCUCCCGCCUCCUGCUCUCACCCAACCCCAGGAAGUUCUUCAAGCACCCGCUGAACCUGAUUGACAUUGUCUCAGUGUUGCCCUUCUACUUCACCCUCCUGGUGGACGUGACCAUGGGCAGUGACUCGGAGCUGGGCAACCUGGGCAAGGUGGUGCAGGUGUUUCGGCUCAUGAGGAUAUUCCGGGUGCUGAAGCUGGCUCGGCACUCCACUGGACUGAGGUCACUGGGGGCCACCUUGAAGCACAGCUACCGGGAGGUGGGGAUCCUGCUGCUCUACCUGGCCGUGGGGGUCUCUGUCUUCUCUGGAGUGGCCUACACUGCCGAGAAGGAGGAAGACGUCGGCUUCGACACCAUCCCGGCCUGCUGGUGGUGGGGCACGGUCAGCAUGACCACGGUGGGCUACGGCGACGUGGUGCCCGUCACCGUAGCAGGGAAGCUGGCGGCCUCGGGCUGCAUCCUGGGGGGCAUCCUGGUCGUGGCGCUGCCCAUCACCAUCAUCUUCAACAAGUUCUCCCACUUCUACCGCAAGCAGAAGGCGCUGGAGGCGGCCGUGAGGAACAGCGGGAAGAAGGACCCUGAGGAGAGGGGCAGCACCUCCAGCCGCGACCCAGACUCGGAGGCUCUGAGCGAGACCUCCCUGGACAGGGGCAGCCCCGAGCGCCGCGGUCUGACCCCCGGUGCCCAUCCCAGCCCCUGACCCCUGCGCUGCGGCCCUGGGCCACGUGGGACCUGCCUGCUCACGGUGAGCACAGCACCGCAUCACCCCUGCCCUGCGAAGGACAGGAGGGGUCGGAGGAGAUGCCCAGCGGGUGCUGGCUGCUUCCAGACCCUGCGCCUGCCUGGACGUGUCUCAGCCUUCACCUUGUUCACCCGUGGCCGCAAAGGGAGGUUGUGGUGCUGGAUACAGCUCUGCCAGAAAGGGAGGCAGAAAAUAAGAAAUACAGGUGACCCCCGAUCAGAUGUGCCGAGAGGGAUUUUCCUCUGCCAUAAGGUUUUGUGCUGUCCAGGGUGAGGUUAAAUAGCUCAAGGAUGAGGCAGCCCUCAAGCAGGCUGGCAGCCCUUACAGAUCCUGUGCCAGGCCGACAUCUCCAGCCCCAGCCUUGUCCUACCCCCGGCUGGAAACAGCCUCAAACGGCUCAACUGCCCCCCCAGGCAUAAAGGAAAGGGAAUGAGUCUGUACGGGAGGAGAGGCAGUGUCCAGCUCAGGGUGAGCCCCAUGGUCCCCAGCCCUGCAGUGGGAUCGACUGAACCUCACCUUGCCACUGCAGUCGGAUUUCUCUGCUCUCCUGCACCGCCACUGCUGGGACCCCCAGGGAUCAGUGUCCACUUGGGGGAGGGACAGCAGCUGGGGAUGAGCAGGCAAAAGGAACACUGUCCCCUGGGGCAGCAGCAGUCAAAGGGGUCAAGCUGGGGGAACUGAGGAGCCAAUCCCAGUGGGGCUGUCCCCUAAGCCCUGGUCUCCCUCGCCACAGCCCCUAGCCUGGCUUAAUCCUGCCUCUUCCCUCCCUGUGUCAGGACCAGGCAGGGGCAGGAGGGCUGUGAGGAGGGGGUCACACUGCCCCGGGUGUCCCCACAGGGGGCUGAGCUCCCCGGGUGCCGCUGCACUCACCUUCCCUCUGCAGGGAGAGCUGGGGCAGAGGGGACCUGGCACCCCUUUUGUCACAGCCUGGAACACCAAACCCCCCUCCUGCCUGGACCCCCAGCCCACCUGAGCACUUCUGGGGCUGCUCCCAGCACAGCAUUAAUUCCCUACAGAGUUUUUCCUUGCCCUCCCAGCCCCUGUUCUCUGUUUGGAAAUCGUGCAGCUCCGUUGCACGCAGAGGAGCGCACCCAGCAACGCCCGUUUCGAGCAGGAGAAACGUGCAUCCAGCAAUCCCACCUCAAACUCGUGCUGAAGGCUGCAGCAUGAGCCCAGGUACCUGGAUCACGGCUUUGCUGCUCGUUGUCCUGGCUGGGUUCCAGCACAGCUGCAGUUGCCUGGGCUGGCUCUGCUGGCCAUGGCAAGGAAAGCCAAGCCACCACUGGUGCAGGUCCAACCUUCCCAAACCCAGUGGGACGCAGGGAGGGUGCCCAAGGAACGGCGCUGUGGGAUGGGCGGGUGCUCACGCUUCUGGCAUCAUCAAGUCUUCCAGUACCAACAGCUCAUGGUCUGCUCCGUGCUUAUUCCUGCUGGGAGCUGGGACUGGAGAGCAGCACCCUCUGCUCCAACCAGCUCCUGCUGCACUUUUACUUGAAUACAGGAAGGAGUUUCCCCUUCUCAACAUAAAUAUUCCAGUAGCAAAAUGUAUUCAAAUGUGAAGAGUAAAUUACAUCUAUUAAUCAAGAAGCAUUAUGCAAAUAAUUAGGAGCAUGUAAAUUAAUUUUCUAUCUAUGCAUGGGAUGCAUACUGUAUAUUUUAUUAAAGAUCUCAAUGACCUGC